AUGGAGACAGAAAAGCUACACCAGAUCGGCAAAGAUCUGGGGCUAACGGGCGUAGAAUUAGCCCAGUUCAUAAAAGAGGGUAUUCAGAGACAAUUUGAAACUGCAAAGAUUGAAGCAGAGUUAAAGAAAGAAGAAUUGAAGAUAAGGCAGCUGGAGUUAAAAAGAGAGUUCCCUGUGGUAGAUGAGGUGGCACAUCACAACACUGCGAACACAAAGGUAAAGUACCCCAAAUUACCUGUAUUCAAUGAUAAGUGCGAUAACAUUGAUGCAUACCUUCAACGGUUUGAAAGGUUUGCCAGGAAUGCAGAAUGGCCUGAAGAAGUGUGGGCCAUCAGUUUAGCCUCUUUAUUGCAAGGUAAAGCCCUGGAUAUAUAUCACCAAUUAACCCCUUCAGAAGCAAAUAAUUUUGAGCUGGUAAAAUCAGCACUAUUAAAGGGAUUUGAUUGCACUGCUGAGGGCUUUAGAACUAAAUUUAGAAACUGCAAAUUUUCUAUGGGUGAGACUGCUAAACAAUUAAUAGCAAGAAUGACAAAACUGUUUGAGAGGUGGACUGAGAUGGCGGAAUGUGAAAAAGAGUACGAGGUUUUAAAGGAACUGAUCAUAAGAGAGCAAUUUCUAUCCUCGUGUGACCGUAACCUGAGUUUAUUCCUGAAAGAGCGAUCUCUGAGAACCCUACAAGAGCUACAGGAGAAUGCUGAUCGCUUCCUCGAGGCCCACGGAAACCAAGGGACUCGAGCGACAACACACCAGUCGCAGGUAUUCCGCCCUCCUCAGCCCUCCACGCCCAGCAUCCCAACGCCGGAAAAAGGCGCAGUUUGGGGCCAGGUAACUUGCUUCAUUUGUAAUAAACGGGGACAUAGGGCAUGGGAAUGUUAUUUCAGGCCACCGAAUGUCCGAGGAAAAACGAGCAAACCACAGCCGAGGAAGGAAGAUACAGCCGCCCCUGUAAGCAGUGUUGUAGUUGCACCAGAAACUAAUGGGAAAUGGAAUCGAGGAGAAGCAAAGGAGAGCGAAAGGAAAGCUGUAGAUGGAGAGGAAUUGUGUGGAGGAACUCUAGCCAAAGGUAAGGAGAAGUUGAAGACUGCCAGAGGAGAAGUUGAAGGAAGAAAAGUCGUAGUACUGAGGGACACGGGAUGUUCAACAGUGUUGGUAAGGAGAAGUCUGGUUCCGUCGUCUAAGUUGACUGGUAAGGAAGUGGGAAUAAUGAUGGCAAAUUCAGAAAUUUAUUACUACCCUGAAGCAAUGAUUGAUGUCAAGACCCCCUAUUAUGUUGGGAGGGUGAGUGCCGUGUGUCUACCACAGCCCCUGUAUGACUUGAUAAUCGGGGAAAUACCAGGAGCGACUACAGGUGAGGACGACGCACGACCGGAAACAUGUGGUGUGAUGACGAGAAUGCAGACCAGAUUAGAAAGUGACUGUAAAAGGAAGACGCCAGUGUUGAAGAUAGCAGAGGUUACAAAAAUGUUGAGCACAAAUAUAAAGAAGACUCAAGAGGAGGAUAAAACUUUGGAUGGAAUUCGGAUAUACGCACAAAAAGGUAAAGUUUUUAAAAAGAAAAAUAAUGAAAUAUCUAUAUUUCUUAUGAAAGGAGGAUUGCUGUACAGACAGGUCACGACAGGCAAACGACAACGGGAUCAACUUCUUGUUCCUCAAGCGUGUCGCCAAGCUAUCCUUGAGCUGGCUCAUUCAGGCAUUAUGGGAGGCCAUUUGGGCACAAGCAAAACUAAAGAUAGAAUACUUGCACAUUUCUUUUGGCCAGGUGUUACCGUCGCCGUUACUCGCUACUGCAGAUCAUGCGACGUGUGUCAACGGACGGUGGAUAAGGGGAAAGUGAGCAAGAUCAGACUGGGUGACAUGCCGCUCAUUGGUGAACCAUUUUCCCGUAUGGCCGUAGACCUGGUGGGGCCGCUUGAACCACGAUCUUCAAAUGGCUCUCGAUACAUCCUGACGGCAGUGGAUUAUGCUACGCGGUACCCCGAGGCCGUCGCCCUUCCAAGCAUUGACACACCCACGGUGGCAGAGGCCUUAGUUACAAUCUUCAGCAGGGUAGGUGUGCCUAGAGAGAUUUUAUCUGACAGGGGGACACAGUUUACCUCUGACGUAAUGAAAGAAGUGUAUCGCUUACUUUCUAUUCAGUCUUUGACCACUACACCAUACCAUGCUAUGUGCAAUGGCCUCGUUGAAAAAUUUAACGGGACACUAAAGAAAAUGCUUAAAAGGAUGUGUGUUGAGCAGCCCAAGGAAUGGCACCGCUACUUGGCGCCCCUUUUGUUUGCCUACCGCCAAGUGCCCCAAGCCCUUCGAGCUGAUAUACGGACACACUGUGAGAGGACCGCUAACACUGCUGCGAGAAUUAUGGGACGGCAGUCCGGUGGAUGA